UCAUUCUAUUACAUCAAAAUUGUCACCACACCGCCUCGCAUGGCGAACAGUUUUCCCAAGGAAAAUAAAAACUGGCCCAUGGCGCCAUAACAUCCAUACAAAACACCAUUCAGUACCACAAUAGUUCCAUAGUACCCGUUAUCUCUUAUCAAAGUAAUUACAACAUAAAUGGAGGCUUCAUAAUCAAGCCUUGUCUUAUCCCACAACCAAACAAUAUGUCGGAAGAUAUGUAAAUUACCACAAAUAUGAACAGAUUCUCGAAAACUCACUAAAUCCGUAAGAAGUUAAAAUUCACUGGUUCAUCGUAGUUCAAGAAUCAUCAAAGAUGUUCAACGCGUUCAAGGCGUUUUUCAAUCGGUCCCUGAAGAAGCACCCAGUGCUGACCAACACGUCGGUGUACGCGUCGUUCUAUUUGGCCGCAGAAAUCUCACAGCAGACUUUUAACAGGCUCUAUUCGCCCGAAAAACCGGAUUAUAACUUCAAAGCAGCUGCUCGUAUUGCCGCUGUUGGCAGCGGGAUUUAUGCACCCAUUCUGUAUUACUGGUACAAAUACCUCGACAGCAGGUUCUCUGGUACUGCUGUCAAAACAGUGAUGACCAAAGUUGCUUGUGACCAGCUUAUCAUGACACCAUUCUUGUUGGCCUGUUUUUUUACUGCCAUGGCGAUAAUGGAACGUAAACAAGACAUAUUUGAGGAGCUCCGACAGAAGUACGUCAAGACGUUUUUGGCGAACCAAUCGUUCUGGGUCCCGGGGCAGAUGAUCAACUUCUUCUUCGUACCGCCGCACCUCCGCGUGGUGUAUGUGGCCACUGCGUCAUUCAUGUGGAUCAACGUCUUAUGCUACAUCAAGAGGCAGAAACUCAGGCCCGUCGCAUUAAAGGAAAUGUAAAGCACGAAGACUUUGAAAAUGUUCAAUAAAAUUCAGGCAUUUAGGUUAUCGUGAUGGCUGGGUUGUAACUCAACGUCAGUAAGUGCGGAAACUACAGUUUUUUGAAACAUAACUGUAGGAAUGUCGAGUUGGGGUAAACGUUGGGUACAACUCAGCUUGAAGCGUAUAAGUAAUUUGCCACUAAGCUACUUCAUGUAUUAAGAUGAUUCAGUGAAUGUAACUGCUAUAAUUUAAUAGGUUCAGUCGCUUUUCUGUUGCAAAAAAAUGUUUAGUAUUACAGUAAGUAAUUAAAUUACAAUAUAACUAUAGGAAAGCGAUGAUGUGGAAACUUGUUUUGAACUAUUUACCCAUUAAUAAAAGUUCACAUUUAA